UUUUUUUCCAAGUACGGUCCCAGUUCUCACCCCGGCUUGGACUCUAGAGUCGAUAAAGUGGACUAAUGAAUGACCAAGAACCCUAAAUCAUCCUCAUGGAGGAUACCAAAAACACAGCGAUUUUCGCCACAAUUACUAGCAAUUUUCCCUUGUAAAUGCCUUCAGUUUACGCCAUUACUCGACACUACUCUAUAACCUCCACCCCUCCUGCUCACAAUUUCACUGCACCUUUUUCUUUUUGGUAUUUGGUUAGAUGGGAAAUGUUAAUCAGAAACCCCAACCAAAUUCGCAAACCCUUCAACAAAUUGAAGAAGAAGAAUCAGCAUCAUCGACAUUCACCUGCGAGAUUUGCAUAGAACCCGUAACACUCCCGAACAAGAAAUUCAGGAACAGCAACAGAUGCGUCCACCCCUUUUGCACCGACUGUAUGAUCAAAUACAUCCAAGUGAAGCUCGAGGACAACGUAUCAGACAUCAAAUGUCCAGCUCUCACCUGUGAUCACUCCCUCGAGCCCCUCUCAUGUCGCCCAAAGAUUGCACACCAACUGUUCGACAAAUGGUGUGACGUACUCUGCGAGUCGGCGGUGCUAGGGCUUGAUCGGGUUUACUGCCCUAACAGAGAUUGUUCGGCUUUGGUUAUCAACGAGUGUGGUGGCGAAGGUAAUUUAAAGCGAUGUGUAUGUCCUAAUUGUAAGAAAGCCUUCUGUUUCCGAUGUAAGGUUCCAUGGCAUGCUGGGUAUAGGUGCGAGGAGAGUGGUGAAAUGAGGGAUCGAAACGACAUCGCUUUUGGUGUUCUUUCUGAGAGGAAUCAAUGGAUGAGGUGCCCUAUGUGCAGACACUGUGUUGAACUUGUCAAAGGUUGUGCCAUUGUUAAAUGCAGAUGUGGAAUUGAAUUUUGUUACAAAUGUGGAAAAAAGGUGGAUCACCAUUGGUGCAAUUGUCGAAGAUCAUCUACAUUUUGCAUGUGGAUUUUUCACUUGUGCAUAGUGAUUUUGGUUCUAUGGCCAUUUUUUCUUCUAUUUACAGCUAUAACAAGAAAAGGCCACCAUUGAUUUGACUCAUAGAAGAAGAUGAUAUUAUAUCAUAGAGGUCUUUUAAUGAUUUUCAUAUUAUAUCAUGCGAGAGAAUGUAAAUAAAAAAUUGCUAAAUACAAGCUUGGUUAUCAUAUUAGAAUAAGUCUUGAAGCCCUCUUUCUCUCUAUGUAAAGAGU